ACGAUAUUAUCCGAAAACUGCUCUGUACCUUUUGCAAUUUCUUCGUAUUUAUGGCCGUGUUGGUAUGUGAAUGGAAACACGGAUAAGCCUAUCAUUAAGUUUUUAUCAUUCGAACAAAUCGGGUUACAGUGAUUUAACAGAUUAGCUUCGAAAAAAAUCGCACUCCUCGGCCCAUAGGCAAUAAACUCGUUUCGGAACCAAUCGCAGAUUUUUCGAAAAUAGUUUUUAUUGCUGCACAUAAGGACGGGAGGAAAUUAACUACCACCACCGCCUGGAUCGGGGAUUUUAAUUAAAUUUGUUUAUAAUCAGAUAAUUUUUAAACAAAUUCAUUCAGUGUUUAACUCAAUUAAUAACAUUUAAGUAUAAAAACAAACCAUCCAACACGGAUCCCCCCGGCUUAAUGGAAUCUAAAAAUCUAUCUAAAGUUAUGUCCGUGCUGACCGCCCACACCUAGUUCCAUCUUUCCCGUAUUCGCCAGUUACCAGCUAUGUUGCCGUGGUUCAUCCUCGUUAAUUGUAUCUACAGUAGUGUGAUAUUCAGCUCCAUUGUUUGUGGGGAUGUAGUGAACGGCGAACGAUAUCUAGCGAAGAGUGCUGUCAUGUCUAUGUUCAAUCCUGUUUCGUCGCUAUAUCCUGGUCCAUGUGCAUACGUUGCGGCCAGUCGAAAACAAAACCACCAAUGCCGGAAGGACGCGGGCCUACCCCGUGCUGUUAAGGAUGCCAGCCAACUGGCUCGAACUCACUGUGCUGAACAAUUCCGCUACGACCGCUGGAACUGCUCUGUGGAGACCCGGGGCAAACGCAACAUUUACAAAAAGCUCUACCGAGAAACGGCAUUUGUGCAUGCCCUGGUUGCAGCCGCCCUCACCCACUCGAUUACACGUGCCUGCUCCGAGGGUAAAAUGACGAAAUGCACGUGCGUGGGUGGCGGAGUCGGAGGGGCUGCAAAAUCAACUUCAAUGGCAUGGCGAUGGGGCGAAUGCAAUGAUAAUCUGAAACAUGGAAAACGUGUCACUAGGCGAUUCCUUGAACUUGGUCAGCAGAACAGCGGGGACCAAGUGGCUGAAAUGCUUCGGCAUAAUUCAGAGGUUGGCAUCCAAGCUGUCGCUACAACAAUGGCGAAUAAAUGCAAAUGCCAUGGAAUAUCGGGUUCAUGUUCCAUGAAAACCUGCUGGAGAAAAUUAUCGUCUUUCAACGUGACAGCGGAGCUCCUUCGGAAGAAGUAUUAUCAAGCCAUAAGGAAAUCACCAAGCAACAGUACGUCUAGGAAGCGAACGGGAAAAGUACGGAAGCAUAAAAAGAAAAAGAAAGCAUCACCGUAUACUACACUCUUGUACUUGGAAACAUCUCCAACUUUCUGUUCCGUCACGAAAGGACGUCGUUGCCUCAAUCCAGACAAUUGCUCCAUCUUGUGCUGUGGAAGGGGCCACACCACCUUCGUCGAGCGUUUUGUGGAGAAGUGCCGAUGCAGGUUCAAGGAACCUGGAAGUUUCAAGGUGAUUUGUGACAGUUGCAAGCGAACUGAGGACAGAUUCUAUUGUAAAUAGAUUUAAGAUACAAUUAAAGAUAAAUUAAUUUCUUUGUAAG